AUGAGAGUACUAAGUAAUCGGGGAGGUAUCGCAACAAUCAUCAAUGAAGCGCUCGACUGGGAAAGGAGGAGCGGCGCAACUUUUGAAGCAGACAAAACAGCCAUUAUACAUUUCGCACCCAAGGCCCGCAAGGUCGACCAAGAUCCGUUCACUGUCAAGGGACAGACGGUCGAGCCCAAAAACAAGGUCAAAAUCCUGGGGGUCCUGAUGGACACGCGACUGAAGUACAAGGAGCAUAUUGCGAGGGCAGCAUCUAAAGGCCUGGAGGCCGCGAUGGAGCUACGACGGCUCCGAGGCCUCUCCCCAGCGACCGCACGACAGCUCUUCACAGCGACCGUGGCUCCGGUGGUUGACUAUGCCUCUAAUGUUUGGAUGCAUGCAUGCAAGAACAAGAACCUCGGACCGAUCAACCGAGUCCAAAGGGUAGGAGCACAAGCCAUAGUGGGGACGUUUCUCACCGUUGCAACCAGUGUAGCGGAGGCAGAGGCCCACAUAGCCACUGCUCAGCAUCGAUUCUGGAGACGGGCCGUGAAGAUGUGGACGGACCUCCACACGCUACCGGAAACCAAUCCUCUUCGCAGAAACACAGAUCGAAUCCGGAAGUUCAGAAGAUACCACCGCUCACCACUGUACCAUGUAGCGGACGCGCUUAAAAAUAUCGACAUGGAAUCACUGGAAACCAUCAACCCGUUUACACUGGCACCAUGGGAAGCACGCAUGCAGACUGAUGAGCCCAUUACCGAGAGAUCAACAGUACCAGGCGGAUCAAUGCAAAUUGCGUUCAGCAGCUCGGCGCGGAAUGAGCUGGUCGGGUUUGGAGUGGCGAUCGAGAAACAACCACCCCGCUACCGGAAAGUGAGACUGAAGACCUUGUCCGUCACGUUGAGCGCGAGAACAGAGCAAAAUCCAUUUUCCGCGGAGCUGGCGGCAAUGGCGCAUACACUCAAGACACUCGUGGGAUUGAAAGACUUUAGGAUCACAAUGACCACGACUAACAAAGCGGCGGUUCUCACGUUGAAGAACCCGCGACAACAGUCGGGUCAAGAAUUUGUCUGCCAAAUCUACAAGCUGAUGAGCAGAUUGCGGAGGCAUGGAAAUCAGAUCAGCGUCCGGUGGAUCCCCACUAGCGAUGACAACAAACUACUAGGGCUGGCGAAAGAGCAGGCGAGAGCCGCGACGCAAGAAGAUGCCAUCCUGCAAGGACAGGUCCCCAAAAUGAAAUCGACGACUCUCAAGAUUGCGCGUGCCCGAGCAGUCCCCAAUAGCGAGUUGCCCGAGAACAUAGGGAGACACUCCCGACGAGUGGACACAGCACUCCCAGGAAAACACACGCGACAGCUGUAUGACCGAUUAUCGUGGAAAGAGGCGAGCGUGCUGGCCCAGCUCCGCACGGGCAUGGCGAGACUCAAUGGAUACCUCUUUCGAAUCAAUGCCGCCGAGACGGAUCAAUGUGCAUGUGGACAAGCAAGAGAGACGGUGGACCACUUUCUGUUUCGAUGCCGGAAGUGGACCGCGCGCCGGACGGAAAUGCUGCAAUGUACUCACACUCACCGAUGUAACAUGUCCUUCUUCUUGGGAGGGAAGUCACCCUCCGAUGAUCAAAAGUGGAAGCCGAAUUUGGAAGCAGUGCGAGCUUCAAUACGAUUUGCGAUCGCUACGGGCCGACUUGAGGCCACUUGA